CCUGGGCUGCGGGUCUGGCCCCACUCCUGUGCCCGCUCUGGCCUGGCCUGGGGGCGGCGGCGGCCUGGAACGGCUGCCUGCGGACAUCUCGGUCGGGCUGCGGGGGGCUGCCCGCUCCUCCGUGCCCGAGGAGCCGCGGGGAGGAGAGAGCGGGCCGCGCUCUGCUUCCCGCCCCGUGCCCUGAGGCCUUUCCGGGCCCGCUGCGCGCCGUCGGGCCCGGCCCCGGGUGUUGCGUUGUGUCACGGGUGGAACGCGGGCCCUUGGGGAGGCGGGGGUGGAGGCUUCCCGGAAAACCAGCCGCUCUCUCUGGUCGCAGUUCCCGGGUUUGUCCCUGAUCUGGCGUUUCCGUGGAGAAGCGCGCAGGGCCCGCUGUGCGUGGGCUCCCCGCUGUCGGGAGCGGCUGCCGGGGCUCGCCUGUCGGCCUCGCGGGCUGGCGGUGCCCUGCUGUGUCCGUGCCAUGCCUUUUAACGCUCCAGGGUGUGCUCUCCUUCCCUCUGGGGCUUUGGCACAUGCAGCUCUCCAGCCACAAAGGCAGAAGAAAUGGGAGGGAAGAAUGUACUCAGAAAUGAAGAUUUUAGCCUUAGUUAGGUUUGGGGUAACUUUGUACCUUCACAGCUAUUAAUGAAGUUUCAAAGUGUGUCGUUUUAGGUUUCAAAAUGUAUGAGCUGUAUUUCUGCAGCCUGUGGCCCUUCCAGGAGCAGGGUGGGAAGGGCACCCAGCCAAAAAGGGAAAGCUGGGGGUCCUCGAUUGUGAUAGUGUGUUUGGGGAGUGAGCAUGACUGUAAAGAAGUGAUAGAGGACACACCUUGGAUCCCAUGAGAGAGCUUGAAGCUGUGAUUUCCCUUUGUGCUCCUCACAGACAAAAAUGAGCUUGCUGCUUCUGGACUGAGGUGUUUGAGGUGGAGAAUAAUGUAUUGAUUCUGAGCAAGUCUGAGUGACUUGGAUACGUGUCAGUACUUUCUCUGCUUCUGGCACACUUUGAAGUAUUGUACAUCUGAUCCAGUGCCUGUGUAGGGGCUUUUUCAUCCCCUUGAUUCCUUGCACCCUGUUUAAGAGGAGAGUGGUUAUGCAGCAGGAGGCUCAAGAUGCAGUAGCAUGUACUGUUUUCUGCAGGCUUUGCAUUCUUGUAAGCAUUCAGAAAAGCAAUAGCAGGAGCUCAAGAAUGAUCAGGAGCUCCUGCAGAGGUUUGCAAAUACGAUGAGGGGUCUGGAGCAUCUGUGUUGUGAGAACAGAGUGGGGGAGCUGGGCCUGUUUUCUGGUCAAGUCUGGAGAAGAGACUGAGAGAGGAUCUCAUUAAUGCAUAUGAAUAUCUCAAAGAGGUACCAGGAGAAAGUCUGGCACCAUUUUUCAGUGGUGCCCAGUGACAAGACAAUGAGCAGAGGCCGUAAACUAAAACACAAGAGGUUUCACCUCAAUAUGAGGAAGAACUUAUUAUACUGAGGGUGGCAGAGCACUGGAACAGCUGCCCAGGGAGGCUGUGGGGUUUCCCUCUCUGGAGACAUUCCAAACCCACCUGGACAUGUUCCUGUGUCACCUGCUCCAGGUGACCCUACCCUGGCAGGGACAUCAGACAAUAUGACUUGCAGAGGUCCCUGCCAGCCCUAGAGAUUCUGUGAGUUGUGCCUGAUUGCAGCACUUCAGCUUGACAGCUCUGCACAGGGGAGAUCACUGAGCAGAAUUGUGCAUCUGUGUCAGGUUUGUAAACCUGAAACUUGAGAGCAGAUGAGGAUUGUUUAGCUCAGCUUGCUCAUUCCUAUUUAUUGCAGAGCAGUCGGGUCGAUGGCUAGGUGCUGGCCAGCUGGGUCAGGGGUUAUGCUGUGAGGAGAAGGCUGAGUGUGAGCCACAUGUUUCCUGUAACCUUAGUUCAGCCAAGCUAACACUGUGUAUUUGGUCACAUUUGGCAGUAGAAGAGUUUUUUGGGGUCAUCUCCUGACUUUGCAAGCAUGGUGCACUGCAGAUCACCUGAGUGAUCUUUACUCUUCAGUGAAACUUAGAGGAAGAAAGCUUUGUAGCUUUGUUUGCCUUUAAGUUGCACCAGAGCCUCUAUAGAGACAACAUGAUUAUCUCUAUCUGCUGGUGCUUUUUUUUUUCCCAGAUGUUCAAGUUCAUUCUUCAGUUCCUGCAUUCUGUAAUGAAAUUUGACCAAUGACAUUGCUGGUUUAGUAGCAUAAGUGGGACUAUCCUGGGAUUUCUCUGUAGCUGCUCUGGCUGUAUGGGGUUUUUUUGUCUACCUUCUCUUUUUCUCCCCCUUAGUCAAAUAGCAGCUGUUGUCACUGUAGACAUUAUGUUGGUAGUAUAAACUCAGGUGCUAUUUAUUCAAGGAUGCAGUUGAACAUUAUUCCCUUCUUAAAUUAAAAAGUCAUGUGAUUGAAAUGUAGGAUGUAGAUGAGCAUUUUUAGUUCAAGUAGUAAGUUACGGCUGCUUUUUUAGUUGUUAGACUCAUUUUUAAAAGUGGUAGAAAACCUUAAUGUUAUGCUUUAUAGAAAAGAUUAAUAUGUUUUGGAUGUACUGCCUUGCAAGCAUACAGUGAAAAUUCAGGUGUUGGCUACAAAAAUAGGUUUUCAUGAUUUAUUCUUCAUUUCCAGAAAGCUUAUGACAGUAAUGGUGUAUCAUACAAACUUCCAUCAGAACAGUGAACUGCUCUGAGUGUUGUCCCCUCAGCAGAAGGAGGGGUUUGGGUUAGGAGGUGGACAGCUACUUUUCUGACUUCACACUUGGAUAGUCUCAGGUUUGCUUCUUUUCUUCACUCUUGGUGUUCCUUGCAGAAAUUUGUCCGCUUUCUAAUUUAGCGUGUGAGGAAGUAUAGGGAGGAGCUUCUUUAUCUUGAUUAUAGAAGUGUCUCAAGUUGGUCUGUAAUUGUAAUCAUACUCUGUCUGACAGAGGUUCUUAGCAAAUCCCUACAGAGGCUAAAACAGUAACGGUGCAGAAAAUGUGUUCAACAUAAGUGUGUGAAUUCUCAGCAAGAUCAGACUCUGCUGAAAUGUAUGAAGGAAAGAUGUGGAGGUACUGUUGGUGCAAUUCUGACAUGUCCACUGGAAGUUGUAAAAACACGACUGCAGUCCUCCUCUGUGACUCUCUACAUCUCUGAAGUUCAUCUCAACACUCUGAAUGGUGCUACCGUCAACCGAGUAACCAGAGUUUCUCCUGGACCUCUCCACUGUCUGAAGAUGAUCUUGCAAAAUGAAGGCCCCCGUUCCCUGUUCAGAGGGCUGGGUCCUAAUUUAGUUGGCGUUGCUCCUUCCAGAGCAAUAUAUUUUGCUGCUUACUCAAAUUGCAAGGAAAAGUUGAACAAUAUUUUCAAUCCAGAUUCUACCCAGGUACACAUGAUUUCAGCUGGUGUGGCAGGCUUUACUGCGAUCACAACAACUAAUCCCAUUUGGUUGGUAAAGACACGAUUACAGCUUGAUGCAAGGAAUCGUGGAGAAAAGCGAAUGAGCGCAUUUGAGUGUGCCCGCAAAGUUUAUCGCUUGGAUGGCUUUAGAGGCUUUUACCGGGGCAUGUCUGCGUCCUACGCAGGCAUAUCUGAGACUGUUAUUCACUUUGUCAUUUAUGAGAGUAUUAAGAAAAAAUUACUGGAGUAUAAGACUGCUGCUGCCAUGGACAAUGAGGAUGAGUCAGCAAAAGAAGCAUCAGACUUUGUUCGAAUGAUGAUGGCUGCUGCCACUUCCAAAACGUGUGCAACAUCAAUAGCAUAUCCCCAUGAGGUUGUACGAACAAGACUAAGAGAAGAGGGAACAAAAUACAGAUCUUUCUUCCAGACACUCUCUUUGCUUGUGCGAGAGGAAGGGUAUGGCUCCCUUUACCGAGGUCUGACUACACACCUGUUCAGACAGAUUCCAAACACAGCUAUCAUGAUGUCCACCUAUGAAGUUGUAGUCUACUUACUUGAUGGAUAGCAGUGUGACAAGGUGGAAGAAGGUGGAAGACUGAAAGACUGGAGUGGACCACUGAAUGUCAAUGCCAGUGUGGUGGGCUGAAGGAGCGUUGUAUCAGGAACAAGCAGCUGUGGACAAAACAGAAGGUUGAUUGUGGGCAACUCUGAAUAAUUUUGCUGCCUUUAUUGUGUGGUCUCAUGUCAAUGUGACAAAUGGGAACUGCCCCUUAGGGAAUGCCUUCAUACAUCUCUUAAUUCAGAAUUAUUCUUUCCUUUUCAUCUGUUAAACUAGACAAAGCCAUUGAGUCAUCUUCAGAGACCUGAUGGGUGAGGGAGGGGAAAUGAAAUAUGUUGCUGGGCAGUCCUAUUACCUUCUCUUAGUGAUUGCUCUCAGCUACAUCAUUUUUGUUCUGUUUUACUGCACAUAACCUGUUGGAGGAAUGAGCAAGACAGUACUUUUAUAGCUUUCUAUACCUGAAACUUCGAUUUAGUUGCUCUGAAGAUUCAUAGAGACUGAGGUAGUGUGGUAAGUGUGUGAAGUUUUCCAUGUUGCUACCUCAAGACAAAAUACGGUGCAGGGACCCAGAACAGUUAUUUCUUCACUACAAAAGGUGAUACCUGUUGUAGCUUUUUGGUUUUGAUUGUUGUUCUUUUUUUUUUUUUUUCCUUGACGUUUGAGCAGUGUUGUAGGUUAAUGAGAGAGUCUGUUCAACUCUUCAGGUUACCAGUCUGUUAAUGUUGGUGUAUGUGGACUUCUGGUCCUGUUGCAUCAUGCUUUUUCUUUUCUGGAACUUUUCCUAAGUAAGAGAGGCCUAUGAAACAUUGUCCUGUAUCAUCAGUUUUCCUUGCCAAUAUGUUCAGGUCACUCACACAGCGAAGGAAGUUGCUGAAUGCCACUUUAUAGCCUUUUUAAGGAUUUGUAAUGUGAUGAGAAAUCGCAACUAGUCCAGCCUCCCAUUUGUGAAGACAGGAUUCACUCAGUUUCAUGCUGCCUAAGCACAAGCUGUAUUACCCUUAAAUAUCUGGCAAAUCCUGCCUUGGAUUACCAGUGUUUAUAUGGAAGUACUGGGGGAGAACACAUAUCACUGUGGCUAAGAUGAUCAGAAAGCAGAAACCAGUUGAAGUUGUGAUAGAUCUUCUCAGUGCAGACAGACUCUGUGCAGAAGGAUGGAGAAAUUGUAAAUAUUUUCUUGAAAGCAUUCCCCCUGAUAAAUGCUGUAUCACUUCUGUUAGCUUGAGCCUGUGUACUGAGCUAUAACCUUGUCCUCCACAUUGUCUGAUUAUUCAGGCAUUGGUUUUGUUCUGUAAGCCAAUUGCAAAUUAAUGCCUUGCAUUCAGCAGUGAGGCUUAGCUGGUUUAUUCUGUCCUAAUUUACAGAAUUUUCCAAAAUCAUACAACUGGAGUGUCAAGCAGUUUAAUGUUACAGGAAGUUUUAGAGCUUUCCAGACAGGUAUCUUCUCAGUCUGCAUCCAUUAUCUUUAUGAAGAAGAUGAUAUUUUAUAAGUUGGGGUCAAUAGCUUUCUCCAUAGAAAUGCUGCUACACUGGCAUGGACAGAACUGUGCUCUCAGCUCUUCCAGUGUGGUACUUCAGUACACUUGAACUGUGCAUCAUGUGCAAUGGCUUUAUUUUAUGAAUGACUUCUUAUGCACUUUGUGGCCUUCUUAGGGCUUAUGACUUCUCUUCCUUUUCCUGAUUAUCUGGAAUCAAACCGUGUUUGAAAUAUGCAGUUUUGUUUUAAACAAAGCAUGUGGUUUGAUUUCUGUGUAAGCUGUGCAGGAGUUUAUGCUGUAAAUCCAUAGCAUCUCUGUGGCACUGGUUCUGUAGGCUCUCUGUAAAACCUCAAAGCUUGCAGAACAAUCAUUCUGGGCUUUUCUUGUUUGCUUUCCUUUAUUUUGAUCCUCGUCAUGUUUUCCAUACAGUGUCAAAGUAUUUGAGUAUUCCAUGUAAUUCUCUGUCUUAAUUGCUCACCCUCUAAAAGCCACCCAUAGUAAGUACAUUGACCUUGCAGUGCUGGAUUGACUUCCUUGCUCGGAAAAUGUUCCCUUUUUAAAUACAGCACGGCCCAAGGGGUGACCAUAGUGAGCUUGAUUGUCUCCAAGGAGUGAAAGGAGUGCUUAAAUGUGUUUUAAAGUGGGCUUUUUCUAGUGGUCUCCCUAGGAAAAGACUGGAGUAUUUAUGACUGACAUAAGCCUUGAUGUGAUGCUUUUGUUCAGCUAAAUAAAUGCAGUAAUAGU